AGCAGCUGCGAAAAACAAAAAGGCGCUGUGUGACUUCACUAUAACAUCUGCUGUGAGCUGUCCGAGGCGUGUUGAAGGGGUUCGGUCACCAGCAUGGCGCGUUUUUUGUAGGAUAGGAUUGUUGCAUGAUUUAUUUUUAAAUUUGGGUUUUGUAAGACGCCGCUGGCAACUGUUAUUAUUGUGUUUUUGACCGGAUAGCAACAGCUAACCCCUGUCGGUUACCCUGGGCGACUUACACUGAUCUGCUACUGCUGGAUGGAGAAUGUCAUCUCUCGGUCAAACACAAGGUAGCGCGGUUCAUGAUUCAGAGGCAGAUAUUCAUAAUCAAGAAAACAUGCUUUCACGGUUACGCGGUGCUGCCAAGAACCUGGUUGAAAACCGGGAGAAUGUCAACCCUAAACCCGGCAACAGGACAGUUUUGGGCGCUCUGGAGAACAAUCAGCGCAGACAGCCCGUUCUGCGCACCGCUAAACAGGUCUCUGGGCCCCAAAUAAUUGCUUGUAAGUCUGAAGAAAAUGGCAGGACCUUUGGCGAGAAACCAUCCACCAAGCCAUCUACUUUCCAGAUUCAUGUGGAUGAGCCUGAUGGUGCAUCCAAGAAACUGUCUAGCCAGAAAGCCACCAUGGAUUGCUCCCCACUUACACUAAAUCCUGCUGUGACACGCUUAAGGCAGCCUCUCGCCACUAUUGAUCUGCCAGUGGAAGCCAACUUUGCAGAUUCUCCGAUGGAUAUGUCCAUAGUUGAGGGUGAGGAGAGGCAGACCAAUGUCAAUGAAUUCACAGAUUACGUUGCAGAAAUACACACACAUUUGCGGGAAAUGGAGCUGAAAUCAAAGCCAAAGGCAGGUUACAUGAAAAAACAGCCUGACAUCACAAACAGCAUGCGUGCCAUCCUAGUGGACUGGCUGGUGGAGGUGGGAGAAGAGUACAAGCUCCAAAACGAGACACUCUACCUGGCCGUGAACUACAUUGAUCGUUUUCUGUCUUCCAUGUCUGUCAUGAGAGGAAAGCUGCAGCUGGUGGGCGCAGCUGCUAUGCUUUUGGCUUCGAAGUUUGAGGAGAUCUAUCCCCCAGAGGUGGCAGAAUUUGUUUACAUCACUGAUGACACCUACACAAAGAAACAAGUGUUGAGGAUGGAGCAUCUGGUGCUGACAGUCCUUUCGUUUGAUCUUGCUGCUCCAACAAUCAAUCAGUUCCUCACCCAGUAUUUCUUACACCAACCUGUGAGCAACAAGGUGGAAAGCUUAUCAAUGUUUCUUGGUGAGCUGAGUUUGGUAGACUCUGACCCUUUCCUUAAGUACCUCCCAUCUCAAACUGCCGCUGCGGCCUUUAUUUUGGCCAACCACACACUUGUUUGUGGAUCAUGGUCAAAGACACUUGUUGAGAUGUCUGGUUACACAUUAGAGGAUCUUAUGCCAUGUAUUCAGGAUCUUCAUCAGAUCUACCUCGGUGCUGCUCAGCACACACAGCAGGCUGUCAGGGAGAAGUAUAAGACGCCAAAGUACCAUGAAGUCUCCCUCAUUGAGCCUCCAGAGAAUCUGACGCUGAACUAACUCUCCUAUCAACAUUUUUAUGUGUUCACUGGUUCCAAACGUCCAUGGGAAUUGUGUGUGCACUUUGCUUUAUUUCCAUCACUCCAAUAAUUGAAGCUGUAGUCUCAAUUUUGGGGAAAUGGUGAGAUUAGGUGAUAUGUAAAAACAUUUUUUUUUAUUUGCAGUCCUUAAGGAUUGCGCCUUUUUUACACUUGAUAUAACCAGAUAUUUGUACAUUUUUAGGUAAUCAAGCAUUGAGAUAUUAAAACAAUGUUUGUAUUCUAUUUUUUAUGAGACUCCAGUGGCGCACUUUAUCCACUUACACCGUUAAGGUUAUUUUCCCUUUUACAAUGUAAUAAAGUGCU